UGGCAGCGAUACUAACACGAGACAGCUGCGAUGAAAUAGGCGGCCGCCGCCCAGUUGUCGACCCUUCGACGCCGCAGCCUACUUUACCGGCUAUGGUCCGGCGUCUCGCGCCAUCAACGCGAGACGCCGGACGGAAUUGUCUCCCUACUCGUCCGCUGGUGUCGGAACCGACCUCACUGCAUACUCUCCGACGCCGGCGGACGAGGUGGGGAGCUUUAUAUGCCCCUCCUUCAUCAGUCAAGAGUGAGCCGUUGUGAGCCGUUGCGCAAUGAGUUGGUGGCAGUAUGGCAACAUCUUCGCCGCCUCGGGCCCGGCAACCCGCACGUCUACGGAAGCAUGACCGGCAUGCUGGCGCAGCAAUAUGCGAAUACGCCCUCGUCGACGACGAAUGUACUACGGCGCUGCCCCGGGAUUGGGCGAGCAAUUCAUGACUGGCACCGACUAGUGAGCCGGAGAAGCCCAAGGAUCCCACCCCAACGCGGCGGACAUCUCACCACUACCCCGGCUAUCGCCCCGCGGUCCAUCCCCGGUUUGACCCCCGAGCAGCUACUAAGCCUGGCGCCUAUCUUCGCUUCGACAACCUUCGCCACUACUGUGAGGCUUAGUAGCUGCUUGGGGGUCGCAGCUUCAAGGUGUAUUUCGCCGACAGCUAUGAAUCUUCGCGGCGCGUGUCUUCGGCCGACAACCUCCGUAACUCUUGUUCUGCAGUCUUCUAAGCCUGCCGUAUGAACACGCGAGAUCCCCACGUACGGCGCAAGAACAAUGGGGACAAGAAAGUAUCGGCGAGGGAAGGGAGCUCGGGAAGUGGCGAAGUAAGCCGCCACGGUAGAGUAGAACCCUUGAUGCCACCAUCAGAAGAGGCGACUGGGUGUGGGGACAUUACAUAGUCAUUUGCAUUUAAGUUUACGGAUUUUAUUCACACGCC